AUGUUCAUCGUCGCCUAUACUAUUUCACGUGUGCCCUUUAGGCGUGUCACGGUGAUCUCUCUCUUCCCCACGUCUCUGUUUCUCCCUGUUCUCCCCCUUUGCCUUCCCUCCCUCUUCCCCUUCCCGCCAACCCUCCGUCAUACUUUCUACAUGCUCGUUCUCUGCUCAGGUGAGGGUGCUAGCAAAGCGAAGGUCAAAGCGGAUUACGGAGGGAGAGUGCGAACCUUCCCCCACGUUGAGGGCAACUUCGCCGUUCAUGUCUUCAUUCCAGUUUCCAUCCCUACCUCUCUCCAGCCGCUCCUCCAAUCGCACCUCCGCACUGCCAUCAGCGCCCUCCCUGCACUGGCACCCGUGGACCCGGACUCUCUCAAAGCUGCUGUUGCUGGUGUUGGUGGUGCUGCUGCUACUGCUGAUUGUGGUUUUGGUGCUACUGUUACUGGUGCUGGUGGUGGUGCUACUACUGCGACUGCAAUGCAUGCCCUGGUUACAGGGGAGGUUCACAUGACAGCUGCUCGCACUGUCCCCAUCCGCUUCCAUCAGAUCGACUCCCUUCUCAGCCUGCUGCGCUUGCGACUCAAGCCACAAAAACGCUUCCACUUGCAUUUGGACAAGUGGACGGCAUUCGUUAACGAUGAGAAGACUCGCUCCUUCCUCGCUCUUGAAGCUGCCCGGGAGGGACUGCCUGAGCACUCCUCAUUCUCCCACUACACCGCUCUGUUUGCAACCUCCCCUCGUCCCUUGCUCACCACUGACCCACAACCCACGCCCACACGUCUCCCUGCUCUGGCACAAGCAGCACUCAAGUCGUUUCUUGCAGCCCACCAGGAGAUUCUGUCCUCUCUGCCCGUUCAGCUGCCCGAACCAAUCACUCUGGGGGAAGGGCCAGGCAUCGGCUUGGCUCGGGGCAGCCAGGUCGUAUCGCCAGGCUCUGAUUGGUCGCUGGGAGAUCUCGUGAAAUAUGGAGCCGACCACUCACAUGCCGCCACGAGCGUUGUGGUUCGGCUUAGGGAGGAGCUGGGAAGGGUGACUUCUGUUCCCACCAUGAUUGCUGUUGAUGAGUUCAACGCAUGGUUCACAUUCGCGGGCUUCUUUGAAUCCACAGGAGACAGAAGCCGGAGGCAGAUACAUGCUGGGGAGAUGCGCAUGGUGAACGCCUUCCGCCCUUUGGAGGCCAGUGGCAUCAUGGCCGCUGCAUUCUCCGAGUCCAUAGCAGUGGGUAGGCUUCCGGCAGUGCUGCCGGGGGUGCCUAAGGGCGUGCGGUUGAACGUUCCGCGCUUCACUGUUGACGAAACGCUUGCGCUGCUGCAGCACUACCAGAAGAGCUGCAAGCUGGGCCGUGUGACGGAUAACGAGGAGGAUAUUAAGGAGGCUGCGGUGCGCGCAUGCAUGGUUACAGGGGGAAACGCUGCACAGCUUAGAAACGUAGCAGAGCUGCGCAGUGAAGUAGCGGCCAACCCGCAACGUCCAGUUAUUGCUUUCUGUUUCACUCUGUUUUCUCUCUUUGCACUUGCGUCUAUCUCGCUUCAAGCCUCCCCCAUUGCUCCAACCACCACACCACAGGUAGCAGAGCUGCGCAGGCAAGUAGCGGCCAACCCUCCUCCAGGCUUCCCUGCUGACCUGAUAGUCGUCUCUCCCCUGCUGCGCACACUGCAAACAGCAGUGGGCGCCUUUGGCCCUCCUAACACUGCCAUUCCAGUCGACCUUCCCCCAAAAGAAGCAGCUUCUAAGAACUUUCCCGUUGUGGACGGGUGCACAGCAGGAACCAAUGGGGUGGAAGCGGUUGUGCCUGCGACUGUUGUGACGGCUCCUGUGGCAACUGAAGGUGGUAACCAGGUUACCACCACGCUGCCAGCACACAUUUUGGCAAACGAGCUCUGCAGAGAAACGCUGCAUGUGCAUGUGUGUGACAAGCGCCGGCCAAUCAGAGAAAAGAAGGACCUCUUCUCCUCUGUGGACUUCAGUCAGAUCACAGAUGAUGAGGAUGCGCUGUGGAAGGUGGAGCCCAGGGAGACUCGUGAGGAGAUCGCACAACGAGCUACUGAUCUCGCCGCAUGGCUGCUCGGACUCAAGGAGCAAUCCAUAGCAGUUGUCUCUCACAGCGGUUUCCUCCAUGCCUUCGCCACUGUUGGCCUGCCCCCACACCUACGGCCCGAAAACAAGCUCGUCUA